UUUGUCUCUCCACAGUGCGCACCACUGUCAGAUUUGCAGUUCCAUCAGCAGCCUACGAUAAAAACCAUUGCUUUCAAUUUCUCGUAGAGACGAGCGCUCCGAAGUCUACUGCUUAGAAAUAGCCAAGCUUGACUCGGAUCUGGGGUGGAAGUAUCAUCGUACAAUACGGCACAUGUCUCGUCAGCAACAGGAUGCAGAUGCCAACCCCCGGUUCAGACAAAGGUCAAACACGACAACCUUCGCCCCGUUUGCGUGGCGGCGCAAAGCCGACACCAUAUCUACUACCGUCCAACCCCAGAUACAGCCAACGUUGACCUUCGAUGCCCUCGUUGAGGCGCUGACUCCUCCUGCAGUUCCAAGUCUCACACAUGCACGCUCCUUGGCUACUCUAAUAGCAUCACAAUCACCAUUGCCUCGACCAUCCGUGCUGAACCCAGUGUGGGCUGCACUCUGUGGUCACGAUUCGCCUUCUUCACUGCAGGCAGCAGGGUAUGAAAUCAUGGCAACGUUCUGGGAGAGAUUUGACGGCCACCUGGGUACAGCAGAUAUUCUUCAGUAUUUUUCGCUAUUUUUGCAUACCGUCUGGACUGCCGAUGUAGGGGAACCUCGACUACGGGCCCUACGGGCUCUCACAAGAGGGGGAACUGAAGUCAUUGGUAUCGAAAUCCCAUUAAUUAGCUUGCUCAGGACAUGGACAGAAGGCGCCUUUGAUGCUUACAUGUCGGGCGAUUCCCCAGAUUCUAUUGACCGUGCAGAACGAGAGCGACACGUUGAGCUUUUGGCUACCUUCCUAUCUUCUGUACUGGAACAACCGGAAUCCGCGGCUCGUGUAUCUGAAGGUGACCUCGCCAGUGUCCUUCAGUUCUAUGCUGGUCUUCUUGGUCGGGCGUUGACAAUACCUUCCCUGAGCCCUGCUGCUGAUCCCGUACCCUCACCGCCUCUCGCCGCUUACACCGAUCAACCUGUCGGCGUAAAAACGAAUGUUGGGGCUCACAGACGUCAUACAUCAUCCAUUUCAAUCCGUUCUAUCUCAUCCCCAAAUUUGCCUUCUCGAAAACACCCAGCAGAGUUAAUGGUCGUCAUCUAUCUAGAUCACCUCAGCUCGCAGCUCAAAGCGCUCGCGCCAAAAUUCUUGACGCUCAUUCUUCCUGUCCUCUUGCGCGCGCAGGCCUUCUUCGCUUCCCCUUUACCCCGUGUAUCCAUAAUGGCAGGUCGCACUCAUAUACCAGCUAGCUUAGAGGACAGGAUUCACAAAUAUUUGAACGUAUUGUUCUCCGGGCCGUACGGUAGUUCGUGCAUGGCAAUACUCAAACGACACCUUCUUCCUCCUGCCGAUGUUGGGAAGGACCUUCACAUCGCUCCGAUCAUUGCUCUUGGUGCGCACAGAACACUGAGAAACAUCAUUCGCCAAGGACUAUGCACAAAAAUGGCUCGCGCAUACAUUUGCAGACUGACUUCCGUCUCAUACCCCACUACAGGCGCUUCCGGCCACAAGGAUCUUGAGAAAGAUCUUAUGGAGCGGGCAUGGUCAAAGGAUGAUAUAUCUGGAUGGGAUCAUACAAGGCUAGGAAGAUUGCUUUCCAAGUCGGUUGAAGCUUGGGCCAAAUUUACCCCAGCGGAUAAUGGGGAGGAUUAUGACAUGGAGAAGGACAAGAUAAUGGACGAAGCGGCAUGCACCAUGAGAGAUAUCUUUCAGGAGUUUGACGAGAGGGAGGAUGGUGUUGAUAUGGACGAUGAAGAGGCGUGCGUUGCAGGAGCAACUCUUCGCCAGCUUGCCAAUUUUGUUCGUCCGAUCAGGACCACGGAUGGAGCGCCUCUGAUCCUACCGCUAGACCAGCCUGCCGAGGCCCCUACGCCAUUCUUACGCACACUUUCAUCCUUGUUAGCCCGAGAUCAUUCGACAUACAUGAUUCCGCUACUAUCCACCACGCUCUUCUUCAUUGCGGACCAUCUUACCGAUGCAGAUACCGCCAAACUCCCAAGUAUGAUGUUUGAACAACAUGAUCUGUCACCUGCAUCACCGGAUUGGUUGAAGAGCUGGGAGGACAUUCUUUCAAAUCCCACUCUAUUUGCUCCUACCCGAGCGCUAACACGGUUGGAAAUCAUGAAGGCAUUACGAUCCGUCUACGACUCUCUCAAGGAUAUGCAUAGCUACAGGAAGUCCCUGGCAGGCUUAGUCUUCGAUUUUUGUCGGAUGCAGGCAAACAACCUGCAGGAAGACCUGACAUUCGACAGCAGCGUAGCAUGGAGGAUAUUGGGUGAUGAAGUAGUCCUUCGUGCAGUAGAGGCGCAUGCUACAUCAGCAUCGGUGGCCUCAUCUUCAGAUUCGGGGGCUCCAACUCUCUUCGCACCUGUACGGGAAUUGAUAGACCUUUUGACAGCUGUUGCUGUCGAAGGAGGAGUCCAAGAAGAUGAAGAUGACACUGGGUGUACCAACACUUCUGGCACGCCAGCGUCACCUGCAUUUCCCUCCAGCAUCAGAGCACCGCGGUGGAAUGCGAGAGAGAGAGAUUCGAAUAUGCCCUCUGUCAUGUCAAUUCUGUCAUCCCUUGCGGGUUCUCGCUCUCAGUCCCAACACUCUCAAGAACAUGAGAGUCCUCGUCCUCCAUUGGUCGCUUCCCCUGCAUCUGAGCCAAUAUUGCCUCGUGCAGCUGUAGCAGUAGUGGCGUUGGUUUCGAUAUUCAGCCAACUCGCAUUCACACCUCACGCACUACUCCGGCAUAACGUCGUUUUAGCAGGCGGGUAUUCGAUACUUUGGUUCAGCUCAUUAGCCAGGCAAAAUCUUCCCGCACACGUCUCACUGUUCUCCAGUUCAUCAUGCGAAUCCGUGCCGACAGGGACCAACCGCCUUUAUUUCGUUGACGCCCAUCAUGAUCCAGAUGGCAAUAUUAUGACCUUGGCAUCGCUGAUUGGCCGGAUACAAGGGCCAUCGCUUUUUGGACAGGCGCAGCAGUCAGAAGAUGAGAGGACUAGUUCCGGUGACCUGAACAACGAUGACUCUCACGUGCGCAAAACCCCAGCCUCGAAGUACUCAAGAGCCCGCAGUCGGUCGAGAGCAUCAUUACCAACCCCAUCGCCCAGUGCAAAUCAGGUAAAAACGUGCGAGACCCUCUGGCAAUUUCCCGAAUCUCUCCCGUUCACUUCGAUAGACCCAGACAAUCCAAGCGAGGGCAUUUUUUCGUAUGAUCCAGUAUCCGAGUCCAUUGGUGUCCUACACGUCGAUUCUUAUUUGUCUGCCAUCUUCGACGUGCUAGAGAAAGAGAGAAAUUGGGAAAUUCUCUCCUACGUCCUCUGUCAUCUUCCCGUCCAACUCGCAAACAAACACCUGUUUUGCGGCCCCCAAGUGUCCGGCGGAUUAGCAUCCAGUAUUGAUCGCUGGCCUCUCGGUCUCAAACCUCGCGACGCUCAUGGGUUAGCAUUUCACACACUCACCGUCCUCAUCAGCUAUUCACGGCGCUUCGACUUGCCGUUGCGACACGCUAUUGUUGAUGUGCUUCGAGAAGGGUUGGAUAGCUUUGACGUUAUGUGCCUUGAGCUUCUGUCUUCGCUCAAGAGGUCCCUACCAUCAAUCUUGGAGAAGCUAUCACAGAUCAUGUCCAACCCAGACAUGGCUGUCCACAUCCUCAGUUUCCUCUCCGUUGUCGGCUCCAUCCGCGCGCUACAUGCUAAUCUGCGAGAAGAAGAUUUCAAAAUGGUGUUUGGUGUUGCGUUGCAAUAUCUUCAGCAUCACAAUCGUCCUGGUGCAACACCCGCGAUGUCUCAAACUUCCACAUCGUCCUCGACAUAUUUCAUAUAUCACUCGCCAGUUGCUACUAGCAAACGAAGGAAGGAUGACAUUGACGAACCCACCGAGGUAUGCUUCGACUGGCUGGCGCGAUAUGCAUACGCCAGCGCCGAUCCACGACCCGCUCAUUCGACGCUGAGUGAGAUUGUGAUGAACCCAAAUAAUCUGUCAUCUCCGGAACCUGCUGUCAGUGAAAAGACAUGGCUUUCGGGUAACUCUGUCGUCACCAUCCGCUCUUUGGCUCGCCUCGGUUGGAUUGAAGUCCUAUCUCGCCGCCCUUCUGGGUUGACUAGGUUCCUCUGCAAGCUAGAAAAUAUACCCUUAGUUGGGCCCGGUGAUGUCGAUCCUGAUAUGGUUUCUGUGGCUGCGGGUAUGAUGAUGGAGCGCGAUGUUCCGCGCCCUGAACGCCCCGAUGCAGGUGUCGAUCAAUCGCUGGAAACAAAUUCUCGCAGUGACACAAUCAAAACCGUUGUCGUAGGGGAUGAUGGUGGAACUGCACCACCAGUACCAGAUCCAAUCACUGGCUAUGUGUGGAGUCAUACUACUCCCUCUCAACGUCGAAAAUACGUUGCCGUCGAUCCCGCUUUCUUCGCACUUCAGCUUUCCCCUUACCCUGAUGGGAACCAACCCGCUAGCCAGCGGAUGGUCGAUGCAGCGUUACUUCCGGCUCUCUUCCGGUCGUUGGAUCAGAUUCCCGUGAUUGAUACCCAUAAAGUGGGGAUCAUGUACGUUGCACCUGGCCAAACACAUGAGCUUGAUAUUUUACGGAACACCCAUGGGUCGCCUGCGUAUACAAGGUUCCUCGAGGGCAUUGGCAGGCUCAUCAAUCUUCGAGGUCAAGUUGACGUUUAUGCGGGUGGCCUGAGCCCGGACGAAGACGGCGAAUACGCCUAUGCAUGGUGGGAUGAUAUAGGUCAAGUCCUUUACCACACCGCUACGAUGAUGCCAUCCAAACCUCACGACAAGUAUUGCGUCGACAAAAAACGUCAUAUUGGAAAUGACUAUGUCCGAAUCGUGUGGAAUGACUCUGGAAUUCCCUAUCGCUUUGACACGCUUGCCACUCAGUUCCAAUUCGUGAACAUCGUCAUCGAACCCCAUUCCCUUGGCGCAAUCGCUGCCUUUUCUAAUAACAUCCACGAAAACGAAUAUUUCAAAGUCACUGUCCAACGUGCCUCUGGCAUGAGUGACUUACACCUGCAACUCAGUUUACUGGCGGAUGGUUUUGCGUCUGUGUUUGAACGCACAGAGCGAGACACCAAGGAAGUCGAGGUCAUCACUAACUGGCGUGCUCGACUCCAAAAGAUCAUGACAUUCAAGAGGGACAAAAUGCCACCCCCGCAGACUGGGGGUGAAAUCGAAGGAGUAAUCGGACAGGAGGCCUAUCGCAACUUCACAGCUACAUUCUAG